AUGCACAGUUUCAAUAACGGCAUGCCUUUUCAAACAGGCUAUCUCUCUGGUUACUACGCUCCGGAGGGUUAUCAAAUUCAUCCUCACCAUCUCCCAUGCCACCUACAACAGCAGUUCCAGCUCGCGACGGAGCCUCGACAAGUUGCCGGCAGCCAGUCAGCAGCCUCUGGUGGCUCCACCUCGGCCUCCUCUAAAAUGUGCUCCCCCCAUCUCCUGACGCAUCACCAGACCCGCACUGUCUGCGUGCCGGUACAACAGAUGGGAGCUAAGCAUGGAGGUCCAGGAAGUAGCCUCGGUAGUAGCGGCAGUUGUGGGCAAUCUAUGAUAGCGUCCCAUCCACCCAUGAUCGGUGGCCUGCAUGGAUACAUGACCGGUGAAACCGUUUCCAGUAACGAAUCUGCUAAUUCUGCGUCUUCAAACUACCCCCCAUCAGUUCACCAUCAAAUAAAACUUGGCCACUCUGCGGUCAAGUCGAUGUCUAACAGUUCCGGAUCCCACUGCAGUAGCCGGGCAUUCCCAGGUCUAAAUCCCGCCUCAAUGUAUCAUUCCCCUGAACCCCUUCAUAUCGCGCCCCAACCAUGCCUUGCAAACAGCCACUUUGAGCAGCGCUCGAGCAUUGGUGACAACAUGACUUACUCAGAGGUGAAUUCACUCACAGAUGUGAGGGACGCCGAUAAUGAAGAGGAAACAGACUUCGACGACAGCCGUAGCUGCUCCGUGUAUGGUCAAGCAUCCUCCAUUGGUAAACUGAGUUUUUCCCACUCCUCGGCCCAUAGUCAUCAGCGAGUUGCCAAAGCCUCCGUUCAUUCGCCGUCCCCUGAAUCGCCAAAGCCCAUUGCAUAA